ACCCUGAUGGAAGUUUAUGUAAACAAUAUCGCCAUGUGCCAUACCAAGAACAUGCAUGCAAGGUCAUAGCGUCACCUGUGAAUGCGGGGGCGUAUGCAUACCGUUGGUCUGAUAUAUAGGACAGGUGUGUCGGGUGCCACGGAGAUUGUUGCCAUGAUGCCACGGAUAACCUUCUCCCUGCUGUUUCUCAUGCUCCUGAGCACCUCUGUGACCUGGGCUGAGUUCACCUGGAAGUCUGUGUUUAAUGAGAACCCACUAAUCUACCUUAGAGAUAUUAACUAGAUAUUAUUAAGGAAGUGAAUUAGUAAUUAGAAUAUUCAAAUUCUGCCGAACAGUUGGCAUUUUUGUGUAUUAGCUGAUAGAUGACAAGUAACCAGAUGGUAGUGUAUGUUGUUAUGAAGUUCAUUAACCUUUUCUGUACUUUUUCCCCUGCUGGAAAUGGAACUGCGAUGGCUGAAGCCUAAUGCAGAAGAGGAUGAGCUCUCCAGGGCCACGUCUGCAGAACAGACAGAGAUCGUCAACAAACACAACACAAGUGCAACCCACUGCAAGCAACAUGCUCAAAAUGCCAGUGGUUGUGGUGAGAACCUGUACAUGGCCAGCUUUAAGAACUCCUGGAGCAACGCUAUCCAGUCCUGGUACGAUGAGGUGAAGGACUUCAAGUACGGUGUUGGAUCCAUCAACGGCCGCAUCGUAGGACAUUACACCCAGAUUGUGUGGAACAGGUCAGACCAGCUAGGCUGUGCCAUGGCUCACUGCCCAAACUCCAAGUACAAGUACUUCUACGUCUGCCAUUACUGCCCACCGGGGAACUCUCAGAUGACCCACCCAUACAAGUCUGGACCUUCCUGUGGGGACUGUCCAAAUGCCUGUGAGAACAAGCUGUGCACCAACCCUUGUCCCUACGUGGACCAGUACAGCAACUGCCCAGAGCUGAAACAACAGUGGGGUUGUGACAACAAAGAUGUGGCUUCCUGGUGCCCCGCCUCCUGCAAAUGCACCAAUCAGAUUGUCUGAGCAUCUGUCCUCGACUGCCAGUCAACAUGCUUGUCCAGUUAGCAAAGUAAUAAAGCUGAUCACCUAAGCAUCA